AUGGCCUCCGCAAUCAAUGGAGAACUGUUCGAUUGGUUAACGUCGACGAAUUUCACGCCGCAAGCUUUGCAAGAUUUGAACCUAACUUCCCAGGAUGAUUCCGUGCUGUAUUACCUGGAGAGCACUCUAAAGAAGCUGUCCACCGAACAGAGAACAACCUUUACCGUGUUUGUUAUUAUUAUAUUAGUUUUGUCGAUUUUUGGAAAUAUUCUUACCAUCAUAACGAAUUUUAGAAGGGAACAACGUCAUCUGUUUCGUGUUUGUUUGCUAUCGUUGGCCUUCAGCGAUAUUCUGUUUGUUGUUAUGACGUCAGUUAUAUAUUUAUCACAAUUUAAUAAUGAACACAAUGCAUUAUGGACACUUGGAGAACUGUUUUGCUCAUUUGCUCCAUUUUUCCAAACUUUAGCAGUGCUAGUGAACAGUGUGACUCUGGUGGCUAUCGCACUGGACCGCUAUAUGGCAGUGGUCCGUUUGAACAAGGGAACUUACGAACCGAGUGGAUUAUUUUGUGCUACUUGUGCUAUCCUAAUUUGGGGUCUAUCAGCUGGAGUUUCUAGUCCUAUGCUUACUCUUUACCAGAUCUACGACAUCAUAGUGCUGAUUACCGACUCUUCCGAUCCGGAAAUGAUCAUCGGAACAUUUAUGGCGCAGAUUUGUGCCACCAACAAGAGCAAAAACGGAUACUAUUUCGGGAUAAUUUUCACCGUUAUUUUUCUUCCUCUCGUGAUUUCGUUCGUGUGGUUGAACGCAAUCAUCGCCAAAGAAAUUUGGGUUCGUCGACAUCCUGUCGAUAGUCACAGAAAAUCGGACAAAGCCAAAAAAAUUACCACGACGACGGGGUCAUCAAGUGAUCGCAAAACAAACACCACCAGCGAUGGCUCGACGAAUCCCAUUCCAACCUUAUCACAAGGCGUUCUUUCCACAACGAAGUGCACCUGCUCGAACUGCAUGGAUCUCUACACGACACCAAAGUGUCAAGCACCACCACCGCCAGUGCCGACGAAAAUGCUGCCCACAAUCAACGCCAUCAGCAGUCCAGCAACGAAUUCGCGAAAACAACGACAAUUGCGCAUGUUCAAGGCCAUCGUAUUCAUCAUGACAGUGUUUCUGGUGUGUCGACUUCCGAACUGGAUUUAUUUGCUGAUCAAAAUGCACGGCAUAGCCGUCACUAAUCUGUAUUGGAUUCUGCACUAUUCCUUCGGAAUCAUGGCCAUGCUUAACUGCGUACUGAAUCCGCUAAUCUACACAUUCCUGAGCGAAACGAUCAAAAUGACGGUGUUUCUGAAAGCAUUAUGCACUCGUUGUUGUGUAACAUCACGUGAGCAAAAUAGUGCCGAUCAACCAAGCAACCAGCAAAUUGUUAAGCAAAAGCGUAAGAAAUAUGCUCGCUAA